AUGCCCACGCAUCAGCACUCGGUCGAUAAGAUGAGGAGACGCUCCUGCUUUGCUUUUUUGUUCUGUGGGAUAUUUUUGCCCGGAAUCCUUGGUUUUCCACAGACAAAUACCUCAAUUGAUUGUGAUUCUCUGUUACCAAACUAUGAAGCUAAACCACAGACAUCUGCGCCGCCAUAUAUUAUUGCUGUAUCUUUUGAUAACUUUGAGCCAGGAAAUGAAAUCCAAGUGACUCUAGAAGCACUUAAAGAUGUUGGUUUUAGAGGAUUUAAUCUACAAGCUCGAGAAACAGAAGGAGAUGUUCCCGUUGGUACUUUUAAAAUUACAGAUCCAAACACUAAAGGUUUAGAAUGUCAUAACGUGACGAAUUCAGCAGUAAGUCAUGCAAAUUCAGAUGUGAAGCAGAAAGUUACAACAACAUGGAUUGCUCCACAUGAUGUUAGAGAUCUUCAAUUUAUUGCAACUGUUGUUCAAGAUCUAGAGAAAUUUUGGGUUGGAAUUCAAAGUAAAACUCUCACACCUACGCAUUCCGAGUCAGUUAAUGGGACAGGAAAAAGUAAAAGGAAGCUUAUGAUAGAAGUAGAAUGUAACAAGCGUGGAGGGACUUACACAACACAAGGCCGAUGCAUCAUGGUUGGACCUUCCAGUUCCUCUCAGAACAGCUAUUCAGGCAGUCAGAAUGGAGUAGUCUACACAAUAAGCAAGAGUGGCUGUGGCCCUGGAGGUGCUGCUGAUGCAUAUAGUCAACAUGCCUGUAAAGAUAGUGUAUCCUCAUCCAGCAGUGGUCUUAUCUAUGGCAAGUCUGUCCCUUCAAGCAGUUCAGAGUCCAGCAAGAAGGUAGUGGUCAUUGCCAACAGCAACCCUUUUCCACCUGUGCGUCAUAGCUACCCCCAGAGUUUGGGAAGUUCUGCUACUAGAAUCAUACUACAGAAUGGACAAAGACAGCCAAGCAGCAGCAGUACAUACAUUCAGGGUGGGCCAAGUUACUCGGGCAGCAGCAGUUCUUAUGGCCAGGGUUCCCAAGGCAGCCAGUCCUCUGGCCAGGGCUACCAGCCUCAAGGUGGCAGUUCCUAUGGCCAGGGCUACCAGCUUCAAGGUGGCGGUUCCUAUGGCCAGGGUGGGCCAAGUUACUCGGGCAGCAGCAGUUCUUAUGGCCAGGGUUCCCAAGGCAGCCAGUCCUCUGGCCAGGGCUACCAGCCUCAAGGUGGCAGUUCCUAUGGCCAGGGUGGGCCAAGUUACUCGGGCAGCAGCAGUUCUUAUGGCCAGGGCUACCAGCCUCCAAGGGGCAGUUCCUAUGGCCAGCAGGGUGGACCUGCUUCUUCAGGUGGCAGGAGUGGUUGUGGACAAGGUAUUUCAUACGAUAGCAAUCCCUGCCACCAGGAUGGAUCACAGGGUCGUCAGGGUGGAUCAUACUCCUUACAAAACUAUGAUGGUAGCCAACAGAGUGGAUCACCAUCCUCACAAAAUUAUGGUGGCUACCAGGGUGGGUCCUUCUCACAAAACUAUGGUGGUGGCCAAGGUGGAUCGUCCUCCUCAUACAGCUAUUAUGAUAGUCAGGAUUCCCAAGAUUCCUCAGACGAUAAUCCCAAUGCUUGUGAUGAUAAUGACACUACCUAUAGUGCCAAUGGUCAGAGCUCUGGUUGUGCAAAGAGGAAACUUGUUGUUGCCCGAGAUACAUCACAUGUUUUGAGCAGAAGAGACUCUGAUGUACAGAACGAGUCUUCUACUUCAAAUAGCAGCCACACUAACCUCCAGAGUGGAUCAUUUAUUGCAACCGGUGGUGGAUCAAGUAGUCAGGGUGGUUGCAUUUGUCCUGAUGGAAGCAAUGGUAAUAGACAGGGAGCCCCAGGUUCUUCACACAGCAUGUAUUCUGGUAACCAGGGAAGGCCUUCCUUCUAUCCCGGAGGAUCCUAUGGACAGGAUGGCCCAGGUUCUUCCCACAGCUCUUACUCCGGUAACCAGGGAGGGUCUUCCUUCUAUCCUGGUGGAUCUUAUGGACAGGGAGCCCCAGGUUCUUCACACAGCAUGUAUUCUGGUAACCAGGGAAGGCCUUCCUUCUAUCCCGGAGGAUCCUAUGGACAGGAUGGCCCAGGUUCUUCCCACAGCUCUUACUCCGGUAACCAGGGAGGGUCUUCUGUCUAUGACAGCAGCAGUGAAUCCUAUGGUCAGGAUUCACCUUCCAUAGGAGGCGGUGAAACUGAUGACAGUGAUUCCACCUCACCAUCUGGCAGCCAGCAGAGUGAACCGGAUUUUUAUUCCCCAGGAGGCAGCCAGUCAGGUGGACAUGGAUCAUCUUCUCAAGGUGGUGGCUACUACAGUGGACGGGACUCAUCCUCAUCUGGAAGCAGCCAGUAUGGUGGACAGGGUUCAACUUCUUCAGGAGGCAGCCAGUCUGGUGGACAGGGUGGAUGUGAUUGUUCUGGGGGAAGUUCUGGUGGAUCCCCUACCUUAGUCAGAAGUGAUUCCUCUGCAAAUGGCUCUGGAGGCAGCCAUUCUGGUGGACAGGGCUCAUCUUCUGGAGGCAGCCAGUACAGUAGCCAAGAUUCAUAUUCCUCUGGAGCCAGCCAGUAUGGUGGACAUGGGUCGUCAUCGUAUGGAGGCAGCCAUUAUGGUGGACAAGGUUCACCUUCCUCAGGAGGCAGCCAGCAUGGUGGACAGGGUUCACCUUCUUCAGGAGGCAGCCAGUAUGGAGGACAGGGUCCAUCUUUCUCAGGUGGCAGCCAUUAUGGAGGACAGGGUAUAGCUUCUUCAGGAAGCAGCCAGUAUAGUGGACAGGGCUCUUCUUCAGGAGGCAGCCAGUCUGGUGGACAGGGUGGAUGUGUGUGCCCCGGUGGAAGUUCAGGCUCUUUUGGAGGAAACAACUACCGUGGUGGACAGGGUUCAUCGUAUUCUGGAAGCAGUCAGUAUGGUGGACAGGGAUCUUCUCCCUCAGGAAGCAGCCAGUACGGUGGGCAGGGUUCAUCUUCUUCUGGAGGCAGACAACAUGGUAAACCAGGUUCAUCUUCCUCAGGGGGCAGUCAUCAAGGAAAGCCAGGCUUCUCUACCUCAGGAAGCACUUAUUCUGGGAAACCGCAUUCACCUUCCUCAGGCGGCAGUCAAGUGAGCUCUGCUGGGAAACACUUCACUCCCCGACUCCUGCUGUUAUUCAGUGUUUUGAGUGCCUUUGCUCUCUCUGCUGCUACAUCAAAAUGGUCUAUAUGAACUUCUGAAGAGUUGCUUGGCAUCCUAGACAUGGGUUAUAUUCAGUAAUAUUAGAUUAAUUACUUGAUGUGAGAAAAAAAAUAUCCUUAAGUCAAACUGGCAGAUGCUACUUGGCUGUUAUGUUGUAUGUCUAGCUAGUAUGUCAUGCCUCUCUUUAGUUUACCUUUGGUUUUAGUCAUUAGUAGAUAUCAUUAGUUUUGUCAGUGUUUUAGGCAUCGUUCUAAGAGAGCAUAUUGUACCCUGCCUAUAUGAUUUAUUUUUAUUUUUAUUUCUGAUGGGGAAUGCGAUGAACACCUACCUGAAAUCUGAUUGGUGCGAUAAACAAAUACUUAGAAAAUAUUUGGUUAUUAACCAAAGUGGAGGAGGUCAAACAAAUUGUUGUACAUGCAAACUGAGCACCAUGCCUGGUCAUCAUCGCAUAAAAUAAGGCUAACAUAAACAUCUGAUAAGCAGUCCUCCAUGGGACAGAAGAAAAGAUGCUAAAAUAAUAUUAGUUUUAGUCUAUUGUAAUCAAAUGCAAGUUCAAUAUGGAGGUUACAAAGCAAAAAAAAAAAAAGUACUCCAUGGGACUGAAAUUUUGGGGGGUUAAUUAAAGUUUAUUCAUUAAAGAAGCCAAACAGCUUAGAGCAAAGAAAUGCUGAAUUCUGUUCAAACUGAUUGCAAAUACCUAGAAUUCUGUAGAGAGCAUAUGAGGCAAUGCACCCCAGAUUAAGCUGAUAGUCUAAAAGCUGCUGAAAAACAAUGCGUUUUCCCUUGGGAAGGAAUUGAAACUUAAAUAAGUUCAUAAAACUGAUAGUAUCUUGGCUUUUCUCAAGUAUUUAGUCUAACCUGUGAUACCCAAUAUAACUGCAAGUUUAAUUUCAAGAAUGAUUCUGACAUCUGCAAGCAGAUACAGUAAGUGUGGUCACGGAAAGACCAUGGCCCAUUUUUGAGUUCAGGAGCAGUUCCACAUCUUGCGGCAAACUCUUUUGGAGCAGCCAGAGCCACCUUCUGUUUGUGCAGCGACCAUUGCUCUGGUACCCUGUUAGUGGUGUGUCCAUUGUACUGCUGCUCAUGCAGCUCCCGCAUCAGCGUUAGCUGUGGGCUAAGCUCGUUUGGUGUUAACAAAGUGCAUUCUCCUAAAGCAUACUUUUAAUUAAUGUCUUAUUGAACAUGCGCCUAGUAUUAAAAUUAUAUUUAUUAGUAGUA